GCACCAAAUUUAAAUCAGCAAGAGCUGUAAGUUAGCAACGGAGAGCAGCUAAGGAACUUAAGUGGCAACCAAUGAGGUGUUAUAACCAGCUAUUUAGUUGAAAAUGUCUCGCUGCUUUGGACAGUUGUAUUCGUAUGCACUAGGUCCGUCGGUAAUAUUUUGUGACCACAGCCGUUUUUGGUUUGGCUGAAGUUUUCGAGUUAUUCGCCUUUGAAAAUUUCUCCAAAACACCUGGUUUUUGGCAAAAGUGCAGUAUAGCAGCAGGUUAAUGGAGCACUGAUGGCCUGAAAAGCUUGGUAUCUUCGGAUUUAUAUAUGUACAGACAUAUUGAGCCGUAACUGCCAAUUAAACAUCAUAAAGUAUCUAUUUCCGAACUCUCCGCCAUGAGUGUGGUACACAAGUGCACCUCGAAAUUGCUCACCGCUAAUAUGAAUACCACCACGAGGUUGAAUAUGCGAUUUCAUACACGAAACUAUGGAUCAUCAAAUGGCAACACGCUCCACAAACAAAUCAAUCCAUGGAGUAGUAAAACAAACAUUCGAAUACAAAAAUUCAACUAUCAUGACAGACGGCCACUUCCCGCGGUCUUCGCCUCAUUCAUUUUCUUAGUUUUAAGCAUUUUUUGUGAGAUCAAAGCGCAAACUCGAGAUCCUCGGUUUUACUCACGUCCGGGUGUAAAUGAUUACAACUGGCCAAAUCCAGGUGAUCCUGAUUAUAGAACCUAUAUUUUUAAUGAUCGUCGUUAUGGACAUUAUUUGCCUAACGGCUAUGGCUCAAACUAUCCCGGCAGGAAUUCUCCAGGACAAUACCCACAGGGAAUGCCCAACGAAGAACGAUUUCGGUUUGGUCCGUUAUUCGUCAUUUGCUGGAAGAAAUCUAGAAUACCGACCGUUCAGCAAUGCAAAAACGAAAAAUGCAGAUCAAUAGAACUUUUUAUGCUCAUUUCAACCAUGCCAAAAUUAUUUGGCGCAUGUGAAAAAUGAACACGUUCUAGAUGGUUAAAUUUCAGUUUUUAGAUUUUUUAAAUAUUAAUAUCUUAUGAACUAUAUAACCGAUUAAAGAAUUAAUGACGUCACCACCAAGAUAAUUGAUUUGUAUUUCAGCUGAUGCACGUAAUUUAUAGCUUUUUGUAUUCUUAAACCAAAACCACUAA